AAAACUUGGACAUUUAUUUUGGACACACACAGUUUACAUGGUACACACAGUUUACAUGGUACACGGAGCUGCUUGGAUAGGUUUCCAUCCAUUCCUUUGUUUAGAUGAUUAGUCACAUCUCUGGGUUUAGCUUUUUUUUUUUUCUAAACUUUAUUUUAUUGUGGUGCCCUGUGCACUUGGAGGUCAGAAGACAACUUUGUGGAGCCUGGAUGAAACUCAGGUAUCCAUGCUUGCUUGGUAGUACCUUUAUUAUUUAAGCCAUUUCAUUGGCUCCUGCACCCAACCUUUUUUUUUUUUUUGGUAGGGGAAUCUCAAAAAUACUUUAUAGGUAAGUAUAUGCAUUUAUUGUCAAAGACCUUUAUCUUAUUGGGACUUUGUACUCUUCUGUAUUCCUAGGGUAUUUAAAAUGACAACUUAUAUUUGGAUCACUUACAUUUUGCCGUGGAACUUGUCACAUCUCACAUAGAAGCUAAUUUUUCAUUUCUUUUCUUUCUUUUUAUUGGCUUUUUUUGAGACAUCGUCUCUAUACAGUUCUGACUCUCAUGGAAAUUACUAUGUAGACCAGCUGGUGUCGAACUCACAGAGAUCCACUUGCCUCUACCACUGAGUGUUGGGACUUAAAAGGGGUUUGCCCCCACACCCAGUUUAAAGCCACCUUUUAAAUGCUUCUUAUGGGUGAAACAAUUGCAAUUUGUACAUGUAUAUGUGUACGUAUACAUACACUCACACACACAAUCUUGCAGAGGAGGAAAAUGAAUCUUACAGAAUUUGAUUACUUUGAUCCAGUUUAAAGGAGGCAAUGUGCUUUUACCAGAGGAGCUGAAUUCCAGUUUCCACACCUUCCCCCCUCCCAACUUCCUCUUCCGGUUCCUGCUUGUCCAUUGUUCAGUGAAGCCGGAGGGCACUAACUACAAGGAAACUGUUCUUCCUCAAUCUCACCCUCUUCCCUCCUCCCCUCUCUACCCUUUGGGUCUCCGCACCGCCUUGCCCAGGAGUUAAGCCUUAAAGAGUGCAGGAAGAACUACAUUUCCCAGAGUGCCUCGCGAGUCACCGUCCUCCAACCAGAGCUCUCCAGACGGCGCCAUUUCUGAGGCAGGAGUGGUAGUGCGGCCUGUGAUCAUGGCGCUGUUCCCGGCUUUUGCGGACGUAAGUGAGGCCUCCGGUGAUGGGGCAUUCAGGAAAGGUGUGUCAUCUGACAGGCAAGGAUAUGAUCAAGUAUAAGCAUCAUAUGAGCGGACGCUGUCUUGUCCAUCACGGUCUCCCCAGUACCUGGAAUUGUGCUAGGGUACAUAGCAGAGUUAGAUUGGCUGAGCAACCCAAGCUUUCGUGUUGGAAAUCUAACUUCUCUGAGCCGACAAACUGAAGAGGUCACAGCCCUUGCUUCUGAAGGGUCACCACCGCCAAGGUACUCUUUUAUCAGGAGUCCUCUGAAGUCAGAGCUCUCAGGUGAGAGCAACACUAGCGAGAAGCUCGCACAGACAAGCAGGAAGAAGAAGAAGGAGAAAAAGAAGAGACGGAAGCAUCAGCACCACAGGAAAACCAAGAGGAGGCACGAGCAGUUGAGCAGCAGCGGCUCUGAGUCAGACACAGAGGCUGGGAAGGACAGGGCUUCCCGGAGCAUCAGGGACGACCAGAAGGAAGCCGAGAAACCCUGUCAGGGAAGCAAUGCGGCUGCUGCUGUUGCUGCUGCUGCUGGACAUCGGUCCAUUUGGCUGGAAGAUAUUCACGAUCUGACCGACGUCUUCAGGACUGAUAAGAAGCCAGAUCCUGCCAACUGGGAGUAUAAAUCUCUGUAUCGUGGGGAUAUAGCAAGGUACAAGAGGAAGGGAGACUCCUGCCUGGGUAUCAAUCCUAAGAAACAGUGUAUAUCUUGGGAAGGGGCUUCUGCAGCAAAGAAGCACUCACACAGGCACCUGGAGCGCUAUUUUACCAAGAAGAAUGUGGGGUUAAUGAGAACAGAGGGCAUUGCUGUGUGCAGUAACCCCGAGCCUGCCUCCUCCGAGCCCGUCACAUUCAUCCCAGUGAAGGACUCUGCUGAGGCAGCUACUCCUGUUACAUCAUGGCUGAAUCCUCUGGGGAUUUAUGAUCAGUCUACCACACAGUGGUUACAAGGACAGGGUCCAGCAGAGCAAGAGUCAAAGCAGCCGGACUCGCAACAGGACAGGGAGAAUGCUGCUCUCAAGGCCAGAGUGGAAGAGUUUAACAGAAGGGUUCGGGAGAAUCCUUGGGACACGCAACUAUGGAUGGCGUUUGUGGCUUUCCAGGACGAGGUCAUGAGGAGUCCUGGCAUCUAUGCCCUUGGGGAAGGAGAACAGGAGAAGCACAGGAAGUCCCUGAAGCUCCUCCUGGAGAAGAAGCUGGCUGUGCUGGAGCGGGCCAUCGAGAGCAACCCAGGCAGCGUGGAGCUGAAGCUUGCCAAGCUGCAGCUGUGCUCAGAGUUCUGGGAGCCCAGUGCGCUGGCCAAGGAGUGGCAGAAGCUCCUCUUCCUGCACCCCAACAACACAAGCCUGUGGCAGCGCUAUCUCUCCUUUUGCCAGAGCCAGUUUGGUACCUUUUCUGUGUCCAAACUCCACAGUCUGUAUGGCAAGUGCUUGAGUACCUUGUCUGCUGUUAAAGAUGGCAGCAUGCUAUCCCACCCUGUGUUGCCGGGCACCGAGGAGGCCAUGUUUGGGCUCUUUCUUCAGCAGUGCCACUUUCUACGGCAGGCUGGCCACUCAGAGAAGGUCAUCUCUUUGUUCCAGGCCAUGGUUGACUUCACCUUCUUCAAGCCUGACAGUGUGAAAGAGCUGCCUACUAAAGUACAGGUGGAAUUCUUUGAGCCCUUCUGGGACAGCGGAGAACCACGCGUUGGGGAGAAGGGAGCCCGAGGCUGGCGGGCGUGGAUGCACCAACAGGAGCGAGGUGGCUGGGUGCUCAUCACCCCAGAUGAGGAUGACGAGGAGCCCGAAGAGGAGGACCAGGAGAUAAAAGACAAGACCCUGCCCCGGUGGCAGAUCUGGCUUGCUGUUGAGCGUUCUCGAGACCAGAGGCACUGGCGUCCCUGGCGCCCUGAUAAGACCAAGAAGCAAACGGAGGAAGACUGUGAGGACCCUGAGAGACAGGUGCUGUUUGAUGACAUUGGGCAAUCUUUGAUCAGACUUUCCAGCCCAGACCUUCAGUUCCAGCUCAUCCAGGCCUUUCUGCAGUUCCUGGGCGUGCCUUCCGGCUUCCUGCCCCCAGCCUCCUGCCUUUACCUGGCCAUGGACGAGAGCAGCAUCUUUGAGAGUGAACUUUAUGAUGAAAAGCCCCUGACUUACUUCAACCCUUCCUUUUCGGGCAUUAGCUGUGUCGGCUCCAUGGAACAGUUGGGUCGCCCUCGCUGGACCAAAGGUCACAACCGAGAGGGCGAGGAGUUUGUCCGCAAUGUCUUCCACCUGGUGCUGCCUUUGCUCGCAGGCAAGCAGAAGUCCCAGCUCAGCCUCUCCUGGUUACGGUACGAGAUUGCAAAGGUCAUUUGGUGUCUACACACUAAAAAGAAGCGAUUGAAGUCUCAGGGAAAGAGCUGCAAAAAACUAGCCAAGAAUCUCCUCAAGGAGCCAGAAAACCGCAACAACUUCUGCCUCUGGAAGCAGUAUGCACACCUGGAGUGGUUGCUCGGUAACACAGAGGAUGCCAGAAAAGUGUUCGACACAGCACUCAGCAUGGCAGGCAGCAGCGAGCUGAAGGACCGUGAACUCUGCGAGCUCAGUCUGCUCUAUGCCGAGCUGGAGAUGGAACUGUCGCCGGACUCGAGAGGAGCCACCACAGGCCGAGCGGUCCACAUAUUAACACGGCUGACGGAGAGCAGUCCCUACGGGCCCUACACGGGGCAGGUCUCGUCCACCCAGGUGCUGAAAGCUCGGAAGGCUUACGAGCUCGCGCUGCAGGACUGCCUGGGCCAGAGCUGUGCCUCCAGCCCAGCUCCUGCAGAGGCCUUGGACUGCCUGGGUAGCUUGGUCCGAUGCUUUAUGCUCUUCCAGUAUUUGACUGUGGGCAUUGAUGCUGCUGUGCAGAUAUACGGAAGGGUGUUUGCCAAGCUGAAGGGCUCUGCUCGCUUAGAAGACCCAGGGCCAGAGGACAGCACCAGCUCCCAGAGUUUGACCAAUGUGCUCGAGGCUGUCAGCAUGAUGCACACAAGCCUGCUGCGAUUCCACAUGAACGUUUGUGUUUACCCUCUGGCUCCACUCCGAGAGACCCUCUCCGAUGCUUUAAAGCUGUAUCCGGGCAACCAGGUUCUUUGGAGGGCUUAUGUACAGAUUCAGAAUAAGUCCCACAGUGCUAACAAGACCAGAAGGUUCUUUGACACAGUUACUAGGUCUGCCAAACAUUUGGAGCCUUGGCUAUUUGCAAUCGAAGCUGAGAAGCUGAGGAAAAAGCUAGUGGAAUCUGUUCAGAGGGUAGGAGGCAGAGAGGUCCAUGCAACAAUCCCCGAGACUGGCCUUACGCAUCGCAUCAGAGCUUUGUUUGAAAAUGCGAUUCGGAGCGACAAGGGCAACCAGUGUCCCCUACUGUGGAGGAUGUAUUUGAAUUUUUUGGUUUCCUUAGGAAACAAAGAAAGAAGCAAAGGCGUGUUCUACAAGGCCCUCCAGAGCUGUCCUUGGGCAAAGGUGCUAUACAUGGACGCCAUGGAGUAUUUCCCAGACGAGCUGCAGGAGAUCCUGGACGUGAUGACCGAGAAGGAGCUCCGUGUGCGCCUGCCCCUUGAGGAGCUGGAGCUGCUGCUGGAGGAUUAGUGUGCAGCCAGGCCUGGGCCAGCCUGCAGAGCCCAAAGCCGCAGCUGUGCAGGCUCCACUGUCCUGCUGGGGUUGGACGUAUUGACUUACAUAUUAUAUAUGUGAUCUCUAUGUACAAGUGGAGUCGUGCCAGUGAUAAACCUUUUGUGGUUGA